UGCCCCGGGAGUGGGGGGGUGGGGCCGGCGGCGGCUGCUGCGGCGGCGACUCAGGCUCCAGUUCCGGGGCGAGCGGCGGCCGUUGGGGGUCUUGAAGUUCAUUUGGGGGUUGUGGCUCACAUGGCAACAGCAAAUUCUACUCCUCCAGGCUCUUUAGAUUUGCUUCAGCCUGGAUUUUCAAAGGAUAUCCUAGGAACAAAACUAGAAGAUAAAUAUCUCUGUUCUGCUUGCAAGAACAUUUUGAGAAGACCAUUUCAAGCUCAGUGUGGACAUCGUUACUGCUCUUAUUGUCUGACAAGCAUCAUAAGCACUGGGCCUCAGAAUUGCGCUGCCUGCAUUCAAGAGGGAAUAUAUGAAGAAGGCAUUUCUAUUUUAGAAAGUAGUUCGGCUUUUCCAGAUAAUGCUGCUCGAAGAGAGGUAGAAAGCCUACCAGCUAUCUGUGUCAAUGAUGGUUGCACGUGGAAAGGCACUAUAAAAGAAUAUGAGAGCUGCCAUGAAGGACACUGCCCAUUCAUGCUAAUCGAGUGCCCAGCAUGUAAGUGGAUGAUCAAACUGGGUGAGAAGGAGCAUCAUUCUGAGCGGGAAUGCCCAAAGAGAAGCCUCAACUGCAGAUACUGCAAAGUUCUUUUCUACUAUCCUGACAUAAAGGCCCAUGACGAGAUCUGUCCCAAAUUUCCCUUGACUUGUGAAGGCUGUGGUAAGAAGAAAAUUCUGCGAGAAAAAUUUCAGGACCAUGUCAAGGCCUGCGGCAAAUGCAAAGGGCCUUGCAAAUUCCAUGUUGUUGGCUGUACUGAAAUGGUAGAAAAUGAGAAACAGCAGGAUCACGAAAUUCAGAAGGUGGCUGAACACCUUUGCAUGUUGUUAAACUUUGUCCUUGAAGCCAGGCAUUUCCAUGGAGAUAUUGGUCCCCUUCUUGGCCAAGGUGACAUGGGGGGCUGGGGAAACAACUCAUUGGCCUUAGGGUCAGAGAUGUCCAAGUCUACAGAGCUGUUGGAGAGAUGUGAAACCUUGGAAAGAAAAACAGUCACUUUUGAGAACAUUGUCUGUGUCUUGAACCGGGAGGUGGAGAGAGUGUCCAUGACAGCCGAAGCUUGCAGCAGGCAACAUCGCCUAGACCAGGAGAAAAUUGAAACUCUCAGUACCAAGGUCCAGCAGCUGGAAAGGAGUAUAGGAUUGAAAGACCUGGCAAUGGCUGACAUGGAACAGAAGAUCCUUGAGAUGGAAGCUUCCACUUAUGAUGGAAUUUUCAUAUGGAAGAUAACAGAUUUUGCUAGGAAACGCCAGGAAGCCAUGGCUGGCCGCUCUCCUGCCAUCUUCUCUCCAGCCUUCUACACGAGCAAAUAUGGCUAUAAGAUGUGUUUGAGAAUUUAUCUGAAUGGGGAUGGCACUGGACGUGGGACCCACCUUUCUCUUUUCUUUGUCGUGAUGAAAGGACCAAAUGAUGCACUUCUCCGUUGGCCCUUUAACCAAAAGGUGACAUUAAUGCUGCUAGAUCAGAACAACCGGGAACAUGUGAUUGACGCCUUCAGGCCUGAUGUGACAUCUUCCUCUUUCCAAAGGCCAGUCAGUGAUAUGAACAUUGCCAGUGGCUGCCCCCUCUUCUGUCCUGUCUCCAAAAUGGAGUCAAAGAAUUCUUACGUGCGCGAUGACGCCAUUUUCAUCAAAGCCAUCGUUGAUUUGACGGGUCUCUAAUGCCACCUUUCCAUCAACAUACGGGAGCCUAGUGCCAGCCUGGUUUGGAAAUGUCUCAGGCAGGGGUCUCACCUACACAUCUACGGGCAGAGCCCCCCCCAAACACACUCCAAGCUCAUAGGGCAGAGGGGUGGGGCCAAGGCAGGCCUGCAGGGAAAGGCCCUGACCUUCAGCUAAGAGUGAUAUACAGGACCAAGAGGAGAAGGCACUGGCUAGACCUUGGAUAUUAGAGGCACUUGGUUUGAGACUUGUCAACAGAGAUUGGGAGUCAGUGAAUGGGCAACCACUUCUAGGAAAUAGGCAAUUCAACCCAGGACUGGUUUGAAAUUUGCUGUGGGUCUGCAAGCUCCUGCCUAUAAAAGAUACUCGAUACACUAUCUGUGUUGUUAUAAGGGGGGUGGGGGAUAGCAGACUUACUUUAAGGGAGGGGGGGAUGGGGAAACAUGUUAGUCAAGAAAGAAAGUAUUUCUCUCUGGCACUGUGCUUAGAGGGCUCUUCCCAGCGGGGUUGUUAAUUUAGACCCUGCAGCCCACAGUAGCACAUAGGAGCAGAAAAAGAUCCAGGAGAAUUGACAAGAAAAGACUGUCAAGGACCCAUUAUGGCUCAAAAGGUGCCCCUUGCUGGCACCUGAGAUUGUAGGAAAUCACUUUGAUCACCUAAAUCUGAUCAUGCAGGGACACAGAGCCACCUUAAGAUGGUGGGAAGUGAUCCCUGGGGGAUAGAAUUGGCCCUUACAUGUAACUACUGAUUAGCCAGCCAAAGAAUUUUCCAACAUGGCCUUUUAUUAAAGAAAGGUCAGUUCAUUCUUUUGAUUCCCUGCUUAUACCCACUUUGUGUGGCAAAGGCUAUCCUGUUGGAUGGCCGUGCAGGGAGGUUGCUAUGAUAGGAUGUGGUUAGUCACAUCCUUCAAUCCCUACUAAUUUUAAAUAUCACAUGGAAGGGGAAGGGGGGGGAAGAAUGAGUAGGGAUUAUCCACCCCCUGGGCCCACACCAAUGAUUUGUAUUAUCUGCAUUUUCAAAUGAGAGAAACAAUCACUAUUAAAUCUUUUUUUAAAAAAAA